AUGGAACCAACACUAGCAUCACCAUCACCUCUCGUGAUAGAAGAACCAACAAUUAACAAGAAAAAUUCAACAUUAUUUCCAUAUGGUCAUUUAAUACCAUUUUUUCUUAUAACAUUUUUAUUUUUUUUAUGGGGUAUUCCAAAUCAAUUAAAUGAUGUUUUAAUUCGUCAAUUUUCAAAAUCAUUUGUAUUAUCACGAUUUCAAGCUGGACUUGUACAAUCAGCAUUUUAUAUGGGUUAUUUUUUAUUAGCUAUGCCAGCUGGACUUUUAAUGCAAAAAUUUGGUUAUAAAGUUGGUUUUCUUGUAGGUUUAAGUCUAUUUAGUUUAGGCUGUUUUCUAUUUUGGCCAGCAGCUUUAAUUCAUCGUUAUUCGGUAUUUUUAUUAUCAUUAUUUAUUAUUGCUAGUGGCCUAUCAUUUUUAGAAACAGCAUCAAAUCCAUUUAUAGCAGAAUUAGGUGAUAAUGAUACAUCGGAACAACGACUAAAUUUUGCACAAGCAUUUAAUCCAUUAGGUGCAAUCACAGGGGUUUUGGCUGGUACUUUGUUCAUAUUUUCAGGUGAGUAA